GUCACAUCAGGUAAACCCACUCUCCACCAUAAAAGCGUUCAUGUGACAAACAAGCCUAUGCUGCCCAAAGCUAAACACUUCCCGAUCCAUCAUCUUCAGCGCUUUUAUGGCUUUCCAGUUUGGCCUGUAAGCAUCUUUGGGCCUCAGUUCUGAGUGGGUGUGCAUGUGCGUCUUUACGGCCUGGAUCUUUCUGAAUCAUUUCACUUAAGGGUCCAGAUGCUACCUGUCUGAUGCCCUCCGUUGAGAGGGCAAUUAAGGCAGAUUGGUGCCGGCUAAAUGCCUGCCGCUUCCACUUGAGUGCUUCGCUCUCCCUAUCGCUGUUGUGAUGUCGUGAGGACCGCGCCCCCUUUGUGCCCACUUGUUGCCAACGCCUCCUUUUUUUCACCGUGGGAGACGUUUGAGAGAAGCUGCCUGCUGGGAUGCUUCUUCACUGUUGUUUCGCAGAUGGAGAGAAAACACGUCACGUGCUUGAUGCCAUCUGAGACCAGAGGAUGCCUGACCUUUACUGCUGACAUCUUCAACUGAAGCGAUGCAGGUGGAGGUCAAGGAUUGUGUAGCGCUUGCUGUCUACUGCUUCACCUUUCUGUUGGGACUUCCUGCCAACCUGCUGGUGCUUUUCGUGUAUGUACGCAAAGCCCGCAAACGUGGAGCGACGCCUAAUGUGGUCUACGCCCUCAACCUCUGCAUGGCUAACCUGGCGCUGGUAGCCUGGCUCCCCGUCAAGGCCAUGGAGACCCUGCUUCAGAACUGGACGCUGCCGGCGUUGGUGUGUCCCAUCUACAGUUUCUUCCUCUUCACUUCACUUUACGGCAGCUGCUUGUUCAUCACGGCGGUCACUGUCGGACGCUACCUGAGCAUCGCGUUUCCGAUCAUCUACAAGCGGUACAGACGGGCCCGCCUCUCCUGCUGCAUCAGUGCUUCCUUGUGGGUUUUGGUAUUCAUUCACAUGGGCAUUGGACUGGCUGCAGAAGGAGGCGCCAACUUUGUCUCCGUCCAGAACGAUGCUUCCGUUUGCUAUGACAAUUUCAACACGUCCCAGCUGGCUGUCCUGCUUCCACUGCGCCUAGAGAUGGCCAUCUCCUUGUUUCUUCUGCCUCUAUUCGUGACGUCUUUUUGCACACUGAGAUGCGUUACCCUUGUUUGGCGGUCCAACCUACGACCCAUGGGUAAGAGACGAGUUCUGACUGUAGCACUCUCCACGCUGGCCGUGUACGUGAUCUGCUACGCCCCCUACAAUAUCUCGCACAUUGUCGGCUACGCCCUGAAGACAAAUGUGGAGUGGAGAGUCUACGCAAUGUUGACAAGCUCCUGCAACGUGUUCCUGGAGCCCAUGGUGAUGCUGAUGUUGUCUCCAGCCAUGUCCAGGGGACUCUUGGGAAAAAUGUGCGGACGACAGAGUCAUUUCAGUCGGACCGAUGGCAUGCGUCAUCGCUGCACGUCACCCAAUACGGAGGCAGUUUGUCAGAGCGCAAACAAUGCAGGGGGAGACGAGCAAAGCAGCUGUAAAAGGUGACCCUGACUUCCGGGAGAUUCUGCCAAUGACGGAUUGAUAACUGAAACAAGAAAUGAUUCUUCGCAAUAUGAGGGUCAAUGACAAACUUUCCCUUUAUGAUUUAACCAUUUGAGUUUCUUGAGUUGGGGAGAUGGCUGCGUCUGACUACAAUGGACAUUUUGUUUCAGCUCAGAGUGGAAUUUCCAUCUGGUCACAUGGAUGAUAGAAGGAAGUGUUGAGCCAUUCAAGCUGAGAUUGUCUGUAAGAGAUUCACGGGUGUGAAUGCACAGCGUAGAUUAGGCAAUUGCAUUUCAAGAGCUCGGUUGAUCAUUGCAGCAUGAUAGCAGCCAACAUUGAAACGCUUCAUUUUAAUGAUUCCAGUCAUGUGCCAUAUCGUCCUCUGCAUCCAAUCCUGUGGAUUUUUAUGACACCUGCUGUCAUAUAAAAGCUGUCAUCGGAGUUAGAAUGGAAUUCUCAUCAGGAUCUCCACAACCCAAUUCAAUUGAAUUAAAAAAAAAGAAAAAUCAGGAUUGAAGGAACUUCAUUGAUAACAGUGGUACUCUUUGCUUAUCUGACUAGAAUAUCUCAGAACUACAUACAUAUGGAGCCAGAACAGGGUCAGUGUUGCUUGGCAUUAAAAAAUGAGCCAUUGAAAAAAUAAAAAAGGUGUUUUAGUCAAACGUCUCUUCUUAAUUUAUUAGGUUAUUCCUCUCUAUAUUUUAUUUCUAUGUCACGUAAUACUGACCCUGUUCAUAAUACAGUAUUCUGGAUGGUUAUUAAACAGGUCAUAGGGAGAUAAACCAUCGGUCAUGCUGAAUACAAAAUGCUGAGUCAAACAGAUUCAUUUAACAUCCGUGGUCAGUUUCCACAGUCACCUAUUUAGUUUAUAAGAUUAAUACACGCUUCUUGUGUGUGUUACUUGAACUCUGUUGAUUCUUUAAAAGAUGAUUAUCAGUAAGACAAAAAACUAUAGCAUCACGUUGUAGCCCGCUUCUCUAGUCCAAUGGAAACCCCAUGCUAUGUGAGUGAAGCCACCCCUGCAUGACUUAGGCCCACUCUGUAUACAUUCAAUAAUAGCAGGUAACCAAACAAGACAUUUGCCAUUUUGCCAUUCAUCCCUGGGAGAUUAUCCUGCUGAGGUCAAGUCUUAACUUCUAAACCCCCAUAUGUGAGGUAGUCCAGUCGUCCUCCAUUUUGACCAUUAAUGAAAUGAAUGAAAACAAAUAGAAUCAUGAAUACACAUGUCCACAUGUUUUACAAUACAUAGCAACCCCUAUUUAAACUCACACAGAUUUGCAAUUGUUGGAAAUACACCUUCCGUUUACUCCAAGAAACCAACAAGUGACAUCCCAGAAAUGUAUUCCCUGACAGAGGAGUCUAACACACAUGCAGAAUUCUGGCUCAGCAGCUACUCUUGACUCAGCCUUAGCAGUAGUCCGGUAGAGUAACAAAAAACUAUGAGGUCUUGACCCUUUAUACACAAAAGUUCUCCACGUGGGCUACGACCUCAUCUGAUUGGUCCUCAGAAGUUGAUGCCAGUGCCAGUUGCUGGCUCCCUCGUAACCAUGGCAACGAUCGCAAGACACGCCCCCCCUUCUUCUGAUCCAGGUGUCUCUUAUCGGGACCAGCUCCAUCCAGCCCUGGAGAAGAUAAUACUUUCCAGCCUCCUCCGUCUGAUCUUGGACCCGCCAACAAGUUCCAUGUCUGCUCGGGCCUCCUUCACUUCUCUCUUUCUCACGCGCACUCAACCAACUCUCCUCACUCAUUCAGCAUUCCUCCGUCUGUGAAUAACUUCUUUAUUAAUAGCACAAGCAAUUCCAACAUUAAUAUUACAUAAUAAAUGCACAAUUCCCAUUACAGUAUGGCAACUCAAAGAGAGUCAGAAUUUCAAUGAUGAUAAAUAUUCAUCACGUCUGUGUUUGUGAUGGCUUGCACUCUAACAGUUCAAGUUAAGUUGCACUCGCUCCCCUCUGUCAGAUGACGGCGGAUGAUUUUUAAAUUCGGUUUGUUUCCUGCGUA